CGCCGUCGACGGAGCCUCUGCCGCCUCUACUUCUCACGAAGAACUAUCCGUUACAUCAAAUCGCCGUCAACUGACGCCGUUAGUAUCCGCUUUUAAGUGUCAAUUUUUCGGUUUCGUUUUCUUCCUCAUUUGAAAUUUAGAGCUUCUCUAAUUUCGAUCCACAAAAUCUCUGUUUAUGGCAAGUUCAUAAAUCCUGGAUCCUAUUUUUUGAAUUUCGAAAACGAAAUAUUUGACUUUUUGCGGUAUAUUCCGAGCAAGAAAUUGGUCGUGGUAUUUUUUUUUUCCUGGUUUUGGGACUGUUCGAAGUGGGGAUAUUCUCCCUCUUGCUGGGCUGUUUGGUUGGCGAGAAAAUCGAAGAAAGCGAGAGAAAGGACAAAGAAGACUGGAGUUCCUUGCACAGAAAACUUUUUCCAGUUUCUGAAUGUUCCUGCAGUGAGGUAGGACCCUUUUCCAGCUAGCAUUUCUCGUUGGAGAUACGCCUAUGAAGAAGCUCUUCUUUUUUAAAUCUUCAUAUGGUAAUGGAACCAGCAACAAUGCUGUUCCUCGGCCAGCUUCUGAUAAACAAGAUCAGCGGGAGAAAGCAUCGGGAAAUAGGAUGAGAAAUCAAAGUGGUGAUCAAAAGGGGGGUUUUCCCAAGUCCCAGAAGGAAGUAUCUGGUGGUCCAGCUCUUAGACGAAGUCUUUCAUUGUCCUCGGCAGCUUUUCUUGUUGAUGGUUUUGGAGAAACUUCCUCAAAUGAUCUCAGGCAAUCACCUUGUAGUACUACCAACAGCCACCAUCGUCAACGCAAUCAUUCAUCUCGGUGCCUUACUCCAGAACGAUGUUAUAGAGAAAGGCAGUUUGAGCCAGAAUAUAAUCACAAGUACGAGGGCAAGUUUCCACAUGAUUCAUCUGGAAGCUCUUCAUCUUGUUCUAGUAACGUCUCGAAUAAAGUUGUGGACCGUUACAUUGAUGGAGAAGAGCAUCUAGAGAGGAGCAAGCAAAAGAGCAGUUCUUCGCAUAGUAGCAUCUCUGGAAACAGUAAAGGCAGGAGGCUUCCCCCACGGGGUCAUUGCGUGGUCCCUAUAUCACCAUCAGACAGUGUCAAAGACAAACAGAAAUCUCGCUCAUUUAGAGAAGCUAAAGGAACCCGCCUUCAUUUCCCUUCUAGUGAUUUGGUGGACAACGGAUUUGGGCAUGAAUCCCCUCGUGCACUUGCGAGAAGUGUGAUCGAGAGACUCUCUCAAACUCACAAGUCGAAGGCAUUAAAUCAUGAACCUAUCACAAUUCAAGAUAUCUAUGGUGGAUCCCAAGGUAAAACCUUUGAUUCAAACUCAGAUGUCACUGCCAUGAAAACGGUUCAGAUUGUAGGAAAUCUUGACCCGGUGAAUGAGGAUCAUGGAGAUGAUCUCUUAGGUCACCAACAAAAUUGUUUACAUGGUAAGAACAGAUAUGGGGGCUCAAACUAUACUGGAGCUGAAGAGGAUGCUGAUAUCGAGUUAAGAAGGAGAUAUGAAGAGGCUGAGAAGAGAAUGAAGUAUCUUUCUGAAGAACUGGAGCAGCAGAGGUCCUUUUCAAAUUGCGAUGUUUCAUAUUUGGUUGAGUCUCUUAGAAAUCUGGAAGAGGAGAGGGUAGGCUUGGCAUUUGAAGUUUCAGAUCUUUUGCGGUCUCAACUGGGGGAAAGGACUUCUGCCAGGGAGGAAAUCAGACUUGCGAAGACCGAACUGGACUUGCAUAUACAUAGACUAGAAAGAGAGAAGAAUGAGUUGCAGGCAGGACUGGAGAAAGAGUUAGAUAGAAGGUCAAGUGACUGGGCUUUCAAACUCGAAAAAUAUCAGCUGGAAGAGAAGAGGCUCCGAGAGCGUGUUCGAGAGCUUGCUGAGCAAAAUGUCUCACUCCAGAGAGAAGUAUCAACUUUCCAUGAAAAGGAAACAGAAAACACGGGUCUGAUGACGUAUUUGGAUGGAAAAGCUAAGGAGUUAACGACAAAAGCUGAGGAUUUGCAUGAAGAAAACUCUUAUCUCAAGCAGAGCCUGUCAAAAUUACAAGAGAGUUAUGAAGGGACAGCAGAAGAUCUUCAUUGUUUGAGAAGAAACUUUGGAGAGAAGGAUAAAGAAUGCAGGGAUUUACACAAAUCCGUUACAAGAUUCCUGAGGACAUGCAAAGAGCAAGAGAAAACAAUCGAAGGACUACGGAAUAGUCUCUCUGAACACAAUAAGAAGCACCCGUCUGAGAAAUUUGAUCAGUCGGUCAAGAGAUUGCAGAUGGAGCAAAUAAGGUUGACAGGGGUUGAAUUUUCACUAAGAAAAGAGUUAGAAUCUACGAAAGUCGAAGCUGAUUCUCUCCGCCACGAGAAUAUCUGUCUGCUGAAUCGGUUAAAAGGAAACGGAGAAGAAACUGGCAUUUCGAUGGUGAAGCUAGACAAUGAGAUGAAGAUGCGUGUCUGCUACCUGCAAGAUCAAGGAUUGGCAAUGUUAAACGAGGGCACCCACCUGUGUUUCACGUUACUGAAGUUCAUCAAAGGGAGAUUAUCUCAAUUUCCAGAAACCUAUCAAGACAUGCAAUCGAUUAGCAACGGCUUGGCUGAACAGUUUAUGGUUGAGUCUGAACUGAAAGUCCACGGUAUAAGGCGAGGAACCGAAAAUCUGAGAAGGAAUUUGCAGACAGUGUCUGUUCUGUUGCACGAGAAAUCCAAUUUGGUUGCCUCAAAAUCUGAACCAUCUUGCUCAGAUUUGGAUAGACCUCAGGAUCUAAACAACCAAUCCCGGGAGGAAGCCUUGCAAGCCGAACUGAGAGCAGAAACUCUGGUUACAAGUCUGUUAAGGGAGAAACUGUAUUCGAGGGAACAAGAACUCGAACAGCUUCAAGGAGAACUCGCAUCAUCUGUAAGGGGAAAUGAGAUUCUGCGAUCUGAAGUUCAAGCCACCUUAGACAACCUCUCUGUCAAUACCCACGAAUUGAAAGACCUCAAGCUUCAGAUGCUGAAGAAGGAAGAGAACAUAAGGCAGCUCGAGAUGGGUCUGCAGGAAACAAACAAAGAGCUCGCGGGCGUGAGAGCCUUAUUACAGAGAGUGUCUGAAGAGAGAGAUCGGAUAUGGACAGAGCUGAAGCAGAGCAGCGAGAGGAACAUGCUUUUGAACUCGGAGAACGAAAUGAUGAGGAGGAAGGUCGAGGCUUUGGACGAGGAGGUUCUGAUCAAGGAAGGUCAGAUAACGAUACUGAAAGACACGCUCGGGAACAAGCGUUUCGACCUUCUGAUCUCGAGCCCUGAUUUCUCCAAGGAUUUCUUGGUCGAAUGACCAAAAUUGGAACACACAAAAGGGGUAUAGGCUUCUUUUUUUUUCUGUUUUGUUCAUAGUAUGGUUUGGUCUUUUGGAUUUGGGUUUCUCUUAGUUUCUGAUUAUAUUCCUCUUUUCCCUUUUAGAUUGUUCAUUCACAGUCAUUUGCUAUGAAUCUACUCUAUAUGCUCAUUUGGUAUGAAAUGGGAUUAGGGGUGGUCA